AAAAAAUGCCGAAGGCCAAGUCUGCGGCGAGUGGCCGCCGGCGCGAGCGGCAGGAGCAGCGCCGGGAGCUGAAGCGAGCCGGAGGUGCGGCGUGGAGGGCUCAUGUUCAACACAGGAAUUGGACAGCACAUUUUGAAGAAUCCUCUAAUUGUUAACAGCAUUAUCGAUAAGGCUGCUUUACGACCUACCGAUGUGGUGCUGGAAGUUGGGCCGGGGACUGGCAACAUGACUGUCAAGCUGUUAGAAAAGGCCAAAAAGGUAGUUGCCUGUGAACUUGAUCCAAGGCUGGUAGCUGAGCUUCACAAACGAGUGCAGGGCACGCCUCUGGCCAGCAAACUCCAGGUCCUGGUGGGAGAUGUGUUAAAAUCGGAUUUGCCGUUCUUUGACGCUUGUGUGGCAAACUUGCCUUAUCAGAUCUCUUCUCCUUUUGUCUUCAAGUUAUUGCUCCACCGACCAUUUUUCAGAUGUGCUAUACUCAUGUUUCAAAGAGAAUUUGCUCUUCGCUUAGUUGCAAAACCUGGGGAUAAAUUAUACUGCAGACUCUCCAUUAAUACACAGCUUUUAGCACGUGUGGACCAUCUAAUGAAGGUGGGGAAGAAUAACUUCAGACCGCCCCCCAAGGUGGAGUCCAGUGUUGUAAGGAUAGAACCUAAGAAUCCGCCACCACCUAUCAAUUUCCAGGAAUGGGACGGCUUAGUAAGGAUCACUUUUGUUCGGAAAAACAAGACACUGUCUGCUGCAUUCAAAUCAAGUGCAGUACAACAGCUGUUGGAAAGAAAUUACCGAAUACACUGUUCAGUACACAAUACUGUAAUACCAGAAAAUUUCAGUAUAGCAGAUAAAGUACAGCAAAUCCUAACCAACACAGGCUUUAGUGACAAACGGGCCCGUUCCAUGGACAUAGAUGACUUUAUCAGGUUGCUGCAUGGAUUCAAUGCAGAAGGUAUCCACUUCUCCUAGCCAUUUGAAAACAAUUUUUUCAAGACCAAGGAAAAAAAGAAAU